CUCACAACUCCGAAUUUCCCUGUUGUGGUCAAGCUGGGACAUGCUCAUGCUGGAAUGGGGAAGGUCAAAGUUGAGAACCAGCACAACUUCCGGGACAUGGCCAGCAUAGUAGCCAUGGCAAAAACCUAUGCCACCACUGAGCCAUUCAUUGACUCCAAGUACGACAUCCGAAUCCAGAAAAUCGGCAGCAACUACAAGGCUUACAUGAGGACAUCCAUCUCUGGCAACUGGAAGGCAAACACAGGUUCUGCAAUGCUAGAACAGAUUGCAAUGACAGAGAGGUACAGACUCUGGGCGGAUGCCUGUGCGGAAAUAUUUGGAGGUCUUGACAUCUGCGCUGUAAAAGCUGUCCACAGCAAAGAUGGAAAAGACUAUAUCAUUGAGGUGAUGGACAGCUCAAUGCCCCUGAUUGGGGAGCAUGUGGAAGAGGAUAGACAGCUGAUAGCCGAUCUGGUUGUUUCCAAAAUGACUCAGCUUGUCAUCACUGCUGGAUCUACACCAUCACCACUGAGGCCUUGG